CCACCAGAUGGCGUUGUGCAGUUACCAUCUCCCCGGCUUCAACAACACAGUGUGAGCACAGUAACACCUGCCACAGCUGGGCUCCCCCGCCUCUACAGGUUGCUGUGUGACUGGCGAUGACUCAAUGAAAUACAGCAUCAAACUGAGACUGCAAGACCCUCCCCUGUAGUUCCCCUCGCUGUUUCCCAGCCACUGCAACUGGAAGCGUAUAGGAGAAGAGAGGAGAGGAGCAGCUGCUGGACCGAUGGAGAAGAAGCAGGAAUCUUCUCACCAGUACGGUUCACUGGAGCGCACUGAAUGGAGCAAAGACACCAAAAAACCAGACGAGGACGUGGUGUCUAUGGCAGACUCCACCAUCACCGUGGACGACAUCGAGGGGGAGCUGUUUAAGAUUGACAGGAUCAGAGACGUGCUGGUCAGGAGGGAGUCAGAGCUCAGAUACAUGAUGGAUGACAUUCAGCUGUGCAAGGAGAUCACUCGUCUGAAGAAGGAUCUGCAGAAAUUAGUGUCCAUACCAGAUAAUGACAAGUCCAACGAGGACCGGCAGAAGGAGGAGGAACUCCUGCAGCAGAUCCACAAGUUGGUUGAGACCAGAGACUUCCUGGUGGACGAUGUGGAGUUUGAAAGACUCAGGGAAAAAGAAGAAGACAAAGAAAUGGCAGAUUUUCUGAAUUCCAAAUUUCCAAAAAAUAUGAAGAAGAAAGGUGUUCCACCCAGACGAGCGCCGUCCAGAGCUCAGCAGACCUCUUCUCCCUUCGCCAAGACGGGCCUCACCCUGCUGAAGGAGUGCUGUGGCUUCACAUGCUCCAUCAUGUAGACCGGGGUUGACAUAGGGGCCACAAAUCAAAAUUGGCAACUCCACAAGAGUCAACAUUUCAAAUUUCAGAUUUUCAGUCCAAGAAAGACUUUGAAGCAUGGAUGGAGCAGUACAGCGUAGGUUAAGAAUUCCCCAGAGGCAGAGCUAAGGAUGUUGCAAAGAUCAUGUGGUUUGUUUUCCAUACCCAAGUUUGUCUCGUUAUAUAGAUAAGUUUGCCCAUACAUAAGAUUGUAUAUCUGGUUUUGUUUCCAUCCUGUCUACGCUCUCUAAUCCCACUUUUGUUUACAUUUUCCCGCCAAAUUAACAGCAAUCAAAUGCAAUUGUGGUAUUUAUUUCUCUUUUUAAGCUGAGAAGACAGGGUUUUAAAGGAUAGAAACAGCAUAGCACAAGUUAGGUAUGUAUUGUGGAAAGACUAAUUAGAAUAAAUCACUAUAACAUGCCUACGACUUCUAUAUUCAAAGACCUCACUGAGCUAUGGCAGCAGUCAUUUCCUCAUUAAAUGUUGUUUUGCAGGCCAGUCUAGAUACAAUGCUGGAAAUAUAAAAACAGCAUUCAGGAGAUAACACUAAUGAAAUUGACAUUAAACAGGAGCUCUGUUAGGUUGAAGUUGCCCAUUAUUUGAGUUCCGAUUUAAAUGGGUACGACCUUUUUCAAAGUGGUCGUUUGUGAAGAAUUAAUGGAUGUCUCAUUACGCUCUAUUUCCCUUUAUUGAUAGUUCACCAAUGUUCAGUACUUUUUCAAAUGAUGCAAAGUAAAAUUGAAGGACAUUAUACAAUUAACAUUUUCCAAUCAGUAUGUUAUUCUGGUGAGCAUUCAACAGGUAGUACAGCACUAACCAUUUGACAGCAUAAGUGUUAUUUAAGGAUAUAUAAUACACAGGGGUCCAUAUCCAGUCACUUUUUAAUUAUAGCGUAUCACCCACAUGCACGUUUCCACAAAUGAUAUGGGUUGGCACGCAGCUACAUAACCCUAUACCUACUAUAUAUGUAUAGUGUAUAAACACCUGUCCAGUGAUGCAUACAGUCAUCACAUGCAACACUGAAGCACACUUGACAGUGUUUUGAGUGGAUCAUUUAUGUUUCAUACUAAUUUACGGGCAAGGGCAUGGGCAAACCUCUUCCGUCCAUUUCUACUAUGCUAUUAUGUUAUGUAUUUGUUUCCAUCACAUAUUUAUCAGUUUCUACCGAAUAAAUAUUUACCUACAGAAGGUGUAUGAAAGGCUCUUGAAUGGCACUUGCAUGCAUUACAUUGGACACAGGGAUGCAGGGGCCAGUCAAACUACGGAGCACAUCUGUGUUGCCAAGAAGAAUAGUUUCCAUAGCAACCUUCUAUUCCCCAUUUCUUUACCAUAAGACAAUGAGGAAGGUUGGAUGGAUUCGAGAGAUAAGAACUCACAUAUGUGACAAAAACAAAUACCUGAGUGCCAUCAUUGCUACCUGAGGAAUGGUAGACAAGACAGCUGUUUUAAUUUGAAUGAUUUUCAUGUUUUGCAUUCACUCUUGGAGACAACACAGACCACUUGGUAUUCCACAAAAAUGUUUCCAAAAAUGAGUCUCUGAAUCCCUGUCAGACACUUUAAGAUAAAGUAACAAUGGUUUGGAAAUUAGGGGAACACAAGGCUGCUUCUCCUUUUUGGAUACACAAUUAUUAUGUUUACAGUGGAAGCUAAUUAAAAGCACCUUUAAUCAUGUUAUUCAUUAUAGAUUGUACAGUUUGCUUUGCAUUCCUGUUUGACGAAGCAUUGUCCUUGAUGGUUUAUUUCUAAACAGUCCUUGGGAUGGAUACAGCUGUCUCUUUUGUUUGUGCUAUCUCUUGAUAUUCAAUCUCAACACUG